AUGAAAACCAAAUCCAAAAACAAUAAUUCGUUAUGGGAUUGGAAAGGGAACAACUUGAGCAGGAAAAGGAAUAGCGAAAACCGAUUCACCGAAUUUCUCAACCACAACAUCCAGAAAGCAGAGGGAACGGUUUUGGGUCCCGGAGGUGGAGCUGGGUUCGGGUGUGGUGCUGGAGUGGGCUUCGGUCUGGUUGGAGGGUUUGGUUUCGGUGGCUGGCCAUGGAACCACUUGAAGUUGGUGUUCGGAGUCGGGAUGGGCUGUGGCGUCGGGUUAGGGUUUGGGUAUGGACAAGGGAUCGGGUAUGGGUUUAGCUUGGAUUCUCUUCGAUCUUUUGUAUCCAAACAGAGUUCAGAUUCCGAGAAAGGGAUUGUAUUUUGA